CGGGCGCGCUCCCCUCCCGGCCCGGGGAUCCGGGAUCCUUCUCUCCCUCCUUCCUUCCUUCCUUCUUUCCCUCCCUCCCCGCGAUGCUGCACCGGCCGCGCCUCCUCCGCACCUACUCCCGCCGCGCCGGGUACCUGCGCCCGCUGCAGCCGCCCGACCGCUGGAUCUCGCCGCCGCAGGACCGCAAGCGCUUCUUCAGCUCCCCCUCGGCCGGUUCCAGCGCCUUAUCCGCGCGCUCGGGGGACGACCCGGACUUCUUGCCGCCCAGCGACUGCCGGCCGCGGGCCGGGGGUAAGAGCCGGGUCUGGGCCCGGCGGCUGCGGAACCGCAGGCGGGAGACGCGGGGGAAGGAGAACCGGGAGCCGGAGCCGUCCCUCUCCUCGCCUCUCUCCUCGCCCUCCCCGUCCCCGCCGCGCCGUGCCCGGCGCCGCCGGCAGGGCCCGCCGCGCCCCGCGGCCGCCCCGCUGCUGUGCAGCACCCCGCAAUGGCCGCCCCCGGCUCGGCCCCGCCGCCCCGCCCCGCCCGCCACCGGCAGCCUCGUCUCGUUCAGCUCCGCCACCGACGGCGGCUCCGGGUCGUGCUCGGGGCUCGGGGACAGCCCCCCGCCCCGCCGCCCCCGCCGCGGCGCCCCGCAGGUCCGGCUCGCCCCGCUCCUGCUCAGCACCACCAUAGAGAGCGGAUCGGGGCUGGAGCAUCACCCGCCGCCCGCCGGGCAUCGCUCGGGGCAGCGCCCGGCGCUGCGGGGCGGGAACAGCACCGAGGAGGAGGAGGAGGAGAAGGAGGAGCGGAUCGCACCCGAGAGUGCUGAGCCCGACCCGGGGCUGCAGGAGCCCCGCCUUGUGCUGAGGUCGUCGGUGCGGGGGGAGCCCUGCCGGGCACAAGCUGCCUCGACCUCGCAGAAAUCCCCAAGCGCUUUGCCGCCCGCUCGGGGUGAGACACAGCACGCUGCGCCCUGCGACGGUGCCACUUCUGAUGGGCCGCGUGAGCAUCUCACCAGAGACUCAGCAGAAGGGAGCUCGGGUUGUCACACAGGCCUAGCCAAGGAGUACCAGCUUGUGCCAGUGGUGGUCUUGGACCGUCAGGAGGUGCCAAGGAGGAUGGCGAGCAUGAAGCUCAACAAGAAGGCUGAUGUUCAACCCACCUGCCAGCAGCCAGAAUCUCCCGUGGGCUGCCCAAGAAUCUUGGAGAGUAAAUAUAAAAGGACCAAGCCUCUCCAAGGCUCUGGAGAGGGCAGCACCUGCAGGAAAGCCUGUAUCAGUGGCUUCAGCGCCAGCCGCUGGGGGAGGCACACGAGGCUCCGCCCAAAAAGGCUCAGAAACAAGAGGCAGCAGCAGCCUAACAACUACUCCCUCAGACCACAGGCGAGGCAAAAACGAGCGCAGAAGGGUGUUCUGGAGGUGUCUGUAGGUGUAAGAGAUAAUGACUGUUCACUCCUCAAUAGCUCGUAUUCCUGGGCCAGAGUUCGAGCGUCCCUGUCCUUCCAUAAGAAGAAGAGAGUGACCACUGAGGACAGUUUCUGCAGCAGCAUCCUCUGUACCCCGGCAGGGAAAUCCCAGCUGUCAGGGUACCAAGCCAGCCUGUCGGCUGGGAGGGAUCAGGGCUGCUCCUGGUCCGCCUCCUCCAUUAUCCUGCUGGCUCCCAGGGAUUCCUCUGUCCUGGAGCUGAUGCUUACAGACGCAGAGAAGGUGUUUGGGGAAUGCCACCAGGAAGGGCCCGUUGCUUUUGAGGAAUGCAUUCCCUUAGAUAAGAUGAAAGAUUGCAAGAAAAUUGGAGAAGGGGUGUUUGGAGAGGUGUUCCAGAUCAACAGUGAGAGAGGGCCUGUGGCCCUAAAAAUAAUUCCGAUUGAAGGGACUGAGAAAGUAAAUGGUGAAGCUCAAAAGAGCUUUGGGGAGAUUCUGCCUGAGGUAAUAAUUUCAAAAGAACUCAGUCUUCUGUCUGAGGAAUCUGUGAAUAGGACUGUUGGGUUCAUCAGCCUGUACUCUGUGCACUGUGUUCAGGGGGCCUAUCCCAAGUAUCUCCUUGAAGCCUGGGACAAAUACCACAAAGAAACGGGAUCGGAAAACGACCGGCCAGACCUUUUUGGGGACGAGCAGCUCUUCAUGGUUCUGGAGUUUGAAUUUGGAGGCAGUGACUUGGAGCACAAGAGGUGCAGUUUCUCCUCAGUGGAAUCAGCAAAAAGCAUUUUGCACCAGGUCACUGCCUCCCUGGCCGUGGCAGAGCAGGAGCUGCACUUCGAGCACAGGGACCUGCACUGGGGGAACGUGCUGGUCAAAAAAACAGAUGCAAAGGAACUUCAAUAUGUGCUGAAUGGGGCAACACACACGAUCCCCACAGCAGGGAUUCACGUCAACAUCAUCGACUACACCCUGUCCCGGCUGGAGAAGGAUGGGCUGACCGUGUUCUGUGACCUGUCCACGGAUGAGGAGCUGUUCCAAGGCACAGGGGACUACCAGUUUGACAUCUACAGGCAGAUGAAAGCGGAGAAUUCCAACUGCUGGACUGACUAUCACCCUCACAGCAACGUCCUCUGGCUGCACUACCUGGCAGAUAAACUUUUGAAUGUCAUGAGGUACAAGAGAAAGGCAUCAACUCCUGCCCUGAGGAAAAUAAAGACACAGCUCAACAAGUUCCGCAAGGAGGUGCUGACCUUUGAGUCUGCCCACGAUGUUUUACUCAACAGCAGCCUUUUCCAGUGACCAAGGACUAAGUCACUGAUUCUGCCUUUCUCCUCUGCUUUUUUUUGGAUACAUGAUCUUUUUACAUGUUGGCACAAAGAAGUGUUAUGAUUCCCAGUGUGAAUAAUACACUAUAAAAAAUGUCUAAAAAAAUCCCCCCAAAAAGUCUUCUGCUCUAAGAUUUUUCCAUAUCUACUGUUUUUGAGGGGGGGUGGAGGGGAGACAACCCUUCCUGUCGACUUGUGUCAACUUUUGUCAAGUGGACUUUUGAGAAAGGUUUGAAUAAAUAAAUUAAGGCUCAAUAAAUGCUUUGAAUUUCACAUAAUUUUUUUUUACCUUUUUAGUCUUAGAUUAUUAAAGGUUGUUUUCUUACUAUAUUGGCUUUUUAUACAUUUUCUUUUUUAAAGGAAAAAACCUUCAGUUCUGGACAGUGAGGACAAGGGUGAACAUUGUUGCUUCCCUGGAGACAGAAAGGGGAAAACCCACCCUUUUAUUUAGUUUUAAAACAGAACUUUUGUUCAGUUUGGUGAAAUUUCUACCUGGAAUGAUGGUACAAAAUGUUAAUAUGUAAAAGUUUCUGUAAAGUGUUUUAAACCCACUAAUCUGGAAUAUAUGGGGAGGGGGUUCCCUCUCUUAAGGACCAAGGAAGAUGUAUCUGAUUUUGAAAAAAAAUAAGACAAAGUACGUGUGUUCUUGAUGUGGUUUUGAUGGUUAUAAUUUUGUGACCUUGUAUGCUGAUAGGAACCCAAAUCCGUAACUUGGUAGUAGCACUUGAAACAAUUUCUCCAUUUAUCACAGAAGAAAAUGCAGAAGUUAAUAGUUGUUCUUUAGUCCUGACUGCAGGUGCACCAGGUGCCCUAAAUUGGGAGCUAUCCUUACAUUAAAUCCCAGCUCUUUGUUUUCAGAAGUCCUUUGCCAGUAUUCACAUUCAUUAAAGAAACUGGUCUAAAGAGAACAACGAACCAAGUGAAAAGUGAAUUAGAUUGUUAACCAGUGACACAGAUGCAUUAAGAAAUUAAGAGGCAGCAUCAUCAAAUUCAUUAUAACUGGAGUGCUCUCUGUGCAGCCUGUCUAUGUAAAUGUGUAUAUGUGCACUUUACCAAUUAAAAGCAUCUUUGACCCUUU